UAUCUGAUUGUCCAAAAAAUUGGAAACAAGUAAAUAAAUAUGAUUGUAUACCUGAUAACAAUUAUAAAGGUCCAUGUAGAAAUAUAAAAAAUUUUAAAUAUUUUACUUUGUCUAUGAAAAAAGAUUUUGAAGAGAAAUGUAAGACCAAGUUUGAGUGUAAUAAUAUUUGUGAAAAAAAUUAUGAACAAGAAUGUCCACUCAAUUGGAAAGUUGAGAAAGGAUAUUGUUUAGCUCCGGAUACUUUUGAUUUAUGUAAAAGAAAAAAAUUAUCCAUUGAAAAUAUGACAAGAAAAGAAAAAG